AUAAAGUGUUAGUUCCAACGAGGAAAAAGACGCUUCUACUGUGUAGCUAGCCAAUCAUCAAAAAUUCAAAAUUCAACUUAAAGCGGUUUGAACAUGUCGGCUGAUACUAAGAUUGCAGAGCUGCUAACAGAGCUCCAUCAGCUCAUCAAACAGACCCAGGAGGAAAGAUCUCGAAGUGAACAUAACCUGCUCAACAUCCAGAAAACACACGAGAGGAUGCAGACUGAAAACAAAACUUCCCCGUACUACCGUACAAAGCUGAGGGGUCUGUACACCACCGCCAAAGCUGAUGCUGAGGCAGAGUGUAGUAUUCUGCGUCAUGCUCUUGAUAAAAUUGCAGAGAUCAAAUCUUUGUUGGAGGAGAGACGAAUAGCUGCUAAGAUGGCGGGCGUUUACAGUGACAGUGAUCCUCCCAGGAAGACAAUGAGGCGUGGCGUCCUGAUGACACUCCUCCAGCAGUCAGCCAUGACACUUCCUCUGUGGAUUGGUAACCCAGGCGAGAGCCCACCUCCUCUGUGUGGCGCAACACCAGCCAGCAGUGACUACGUGGCCAAACAAGGCGACAAGGUAGCGGCGAGGGUGAAAGCGGUGGAUGGAGAUGAGCAGUGGAUUCUGGCUGAGGUGGUCAGCUACAGCCAUUCCACAAACAAGUAUGAAGUGGAUGACAUCGAUGAAGAAGGCAAAGAGAGACACACUCUGAGCAGACGGAGGAUCAUCCCGCUGCCUCAGUGGAAAGCCAACCCAGAGACGGACCCCGAGGCCCUCUUCAGUAAGGACCAGCUGGUGCUGGCGCUCUACCCCCAGACCACCUGCUUCUACCGGGCCCUGAUUCACGCACGGCCAAACCGGCCUCAAGACGAUUACUCCGUGCUGUUUGAGGACACGUCAUACGCUGAUGGUUACUCCCCGCCGCUCAACGUGGCACAACGCUACGUGGUUGCCUGCAAGGAGAACAAGAAGAAGUGAUUGAGGACUGAACACAAAGCCCAAAACACAACCUGAAUCUUGAAAGGACUCUUUCCAUUUUUAUUAUAAAUUACGUAGAAAUAUUUGUCAGGUUGAAAUGGCACGUAGAAUUCACUGUGAUUACAAUUAAAAAAUAAUAAUAAUCAAAAUAAUUUAUUGGGGUGGAACCUAAGGUGGGACAGACGCUUGUUUCAUUCUUCAGCUGUUUCUGAAACAAAUCGUCCACGUGUAUGACCGUUCCAGUUCUUGAUGUUCUUUUCUAACUACAGUAUUCAUAGUAAUUAUACUUCAACACCAUUACUAUAGGUGGCACUGUAGGAGAUUUUAUUUCUGAGGUCUAUAUCUGAACUUUUUUUUUUCUUUGAAUGUGGAGGGCGUGCUGUGGCGGCGCGCAGCUCACAACAUUCCUGCAAAAUGUGAACCAUCAAUCAGGCACAUAUAUUCAGAUCAUGAAAUCGUUUUUAACUAAACCGUUUAACAGACCAACACCUAAACAUGUCGUGAAGACAAAAUAGAGAGAUCUGGUUUCUGGUGAAAAUUUAGACUAUAUUCAUUUUCUGUACCCGCUUACUCCUGUCUAGAGUCACAGUGGGCUGGAGCCCACUGAUAUAUCCCAGCAGACGUAGGGCAAGAAGCAGAAUACAUCCUUGCCUGCACAGCUAUGGUCAUUUUUUUUUUUUUAAGAUACCAAUUCACCUAACUUGCAUGUCUUUGGAAGGAAGUUGGAGCACCCAAAGGGAACCCACAGGAACACAGGGAGAACAUUCAAACUCAACACAAAGGACCAGGUUGAACGCAAACCCAGGACCUUCUUGCUGUGAGGCAACAGUGCUACCCGCUAAGACACCAUGCCACGCAAAUAGUUUUUUUUUUAAAUAUGUAUUUUUCUAACCUUUUGUUCUGAUCAUGUCUUCAACAGUUUAAUAAUUUUAAUUCAGAGAAGUAAUUAUUCUUUCAGCACGCAGCUACAAAUCCAAAAAGAUCUUAAGUCAAAAUUAGGAUGUCAAGUCACAGUAACAUAUUUUAACUGUUCAAAACCAAAAAACUCUAAAUGUAUGUUAUUGUUGUUGUUGUUGUUUUAAACUUUUGUUUGGCCAUGUCUAUUAUUGGUUCACCAUCUAGUGGCCAUUAAAAGAAUUGUAGCUACAGAUGCCUGUUUCAUUUAUGCAUGUUCCAUGUUCAGUAUUGACAUUUAUGCAAAAAGUGUUUUUUUUUUUAUGUGUGAUCUGUUGACAUAAAGACUUUGGUGACACA